AUGGAUAGUGCACAAGAAAUUGAAUUAUCUGCCCUGGCUCGCCAGAAACCAAUGAACGAAGUAAUAGAUUGGGGGAAUUCACCUGUGCAGCUGUUUUACGAAGGUGCUAAGGUGUUCAUAACUGGUGGGUCCGGCUUCAUUGGGAAACAACUAAUUGAGAAGCUGUUCAGAUCAUGCGCCAUAGACAAACUGUACUUGCUUAUACGUCCGAAAAAAUCGAUGACUAUUCAAGAAAGACUCAAUCAGAUGUUACAAAACCCAGUGUACGAUCUAUUACGAACGAAAAAACCGGAGUUUGCUGACAAAAUUAUCCCAGUUGAAGGAAAUGUUAAUGAUAUCAGACUGGGGCUUAGCGAAAAAGACUGGAGUAUGCUCACAGACGAGGUAAAUAUCAUAUUUCAUGUUGCUGCUACUGUACGCUUCGAUGAACCACUACGUAAAGCGACACUUACUAACAUCCGGAGUACUAGGGAGGCACUGGAACUGGCCCGAAAUUGCAAAAACCUAAAAAAGUUUAUUCACAUAUCGACAGCAUUUUCAUUUGCAACCCAAGAUCGGUCUGGUAAAGACAUAUCCGAUCAGUUCUAUCCAUGCCCGGUACCUCCUGACACAAUGAUAUCUCUAGCUGAGAAUAUUGACGAAAAUAAACUGGAUAAUAUAACAAACAACAUGAUCCAAGGCUGGCCGAAUACAUACACGUUCACGAAAUGUAUUGCCGAGGAGUUGGUAAGGACGAAAAGUGGAGAUUUGCCUGUAUGUAUCGUGAGACCUCCAGUAGUACUGCCAGCAUACUAUGAGCCAGCACCCGGUUGGUUAGAUGAGCAUACAAUUAUUGGACCCAGUGGAAUAUGCCUUUUAGGAGCUCUUGGUGCACUUCGUCUAUUCUGCACUGAUGUGAAUUCUACCUUAUCUAUUGCUCCUGUUGAUUAUGUGAACAACACUAUCAUAGCUGCUGCUUGGGACUCGUCAGAGAGGCGAAAAAAUGGCAAAACUGAAAUUCCCAUAUACACUAUUGCGAAAAAGUUACGAUAUGGUUUUAUAGGAGAAACGAUGCGCAAAGAGGAAAAGAGACUUGCCACUCCAAAAGCGGUUUGGAGAUAUGGUAUGCUGCAAGUGAAGAGUAGACUGCUAUAUCAUAUUCUCUCCUGGUUUCUCUUAUACAUACCAGCUUACAUCCUGGAUUUCGCCUGCUUUGUAAGCGGCAAGAAACCAAAACAAAUUUCCUCAUUCGUGGAUCUUUAUAAAAAAUUAGAGAAACUAUCUGUUGUAUAUGAAUAUUUUCUACAAAAGUCAUUUACUUUUAGAGAAGACAACGUUAAAACUAUGAUGAGCAGAAUGAAUGAUACUGACAGAGCUAUAUACAACUGCAAUCUAUCUGACGUUGACUUAGAAGAUUAUAUCCUAGUAUGGGGCAUUGGCCUUAGAAAAUAUAUCUUGAAAGACGGCCUCACAGGGACCAAAUCAGCACAUUGGUUUCAUUUUAAACCUAGAAGUAAGUAUCUAAAGAGACCUAACUCCUGUCUUAGUAUCGACGAUCUCCAAGCUUACGAUCUCUAA